AUGAGACGAGCUCGAGGAGCAAGGGCUGAGAGGCCAUGGCGCGGACGUGGGAGGCACCAAGAAAGAGACACCAUUGAUCGUAAUAUGGGAUCCAUCAAGUUGACCAUUCCUCCGUUCCAAGGCAAGAGCGAUCCCGAUGUGUACAUCGAAUGGGAAAGGAAGGUUGAGUUAGUUUUUGAUUGUCACAAGUACUCCGAGGAGAAGAAGGUGAAGCUUGCAGCUGUGGCAUUCACCGACUAUGCCAUAGUUUGGUGGGAUCAAUUGACGGUGAGUAGACGCCGAAAUGGGGAGCGACCUAUUGACAAUUGGGAGGGCAUGAAAGCUGUCAUGCGGAGGAGGUUUGUCCCAUCCCAUUACUACCGGAAUUUAUACUUGAAGCUGCAGAAUCUUAAGCAAGGGUCUAAGACCGUGGAGGAGUACCACAAGGAGAUGGAGAUUGCCAUGAUUCGCGCCAAUGUUGAGGAGGAUCGAGAGGCAACCAUGGCUCGGUUCAUUAGUGGACUUAAUCGGGAGAUUGCCAAUAUUGUGGAGCUGCACCAUUAUGUGGAGCUUGAAGAAUUGGUACACAUGGCUAUGAAGGUUGAGAGGCAGCUCAAGAAGGGGGGACGAACGUCAUCCAGAUUCGAAUCCUCUAAUUCGAAUUCAAAGUGGACUUCCAAGUUUGAAGGGGCUGGACCUAAAUGGGCUGGUUCAAAGCAAGAGGAGAAGGCUAAGGGAGACAAGCCCGCAACCAAGCCAUCAUAUGAUUCUAAGGAGAGGGGUAACUCUUCUUCCCAACCUCAAAGAAACCGUGAUGUAAAGUGCUUUCGUUGUUUGGGUUCUGGUCAUUAUGCUUCUCAAUGCUCGAACAAGAGAGCCAUGAUUAUGUUAGAUAAUGGGGAGAUUGAAAGUGCGGAUGAGCAUGUGAGUGACGCGGACUCCAUACCAUCACUUGAAGAUGCCGAUGAUGUGGAGCAUGCUGUAUCGGGUCAAACUCUUGUUGUUUUGAGAGCUCUACAUGUGCAAGCCAAAGAAGAUGGUGAUGAGCUACAAAGAGAGAACAUUUUCUACACUCGAUGCCACGUGAAGGAUCGAGUAUGUGGACUGAUUAUUGAUGGAGGAAGCACUGUGAAUGUGGCAAGCAAGCUAAUGGUGGAGAAGCUUGGUUUGAGCACUCAAAAGCAUCCGAGGCCAUAUAGGCUUCAGUGGCUGAAUGAGAGUGGUGAAUUGAAGGUGACAAAACAAGUGUUGAUCUCAUUUUCUAUUGGGAAGUACCAUGAUGAAGUUUUGUGUGAUGUAGUUCCUAUGAUAGCCAGCCAUUUCUUACUCGGAAGGCCAUGGCAAUUUGAUCGAAGGACUACACAUGACGGGUACAAGAAUCGGUAUAGCUUCAUCAAGGAUGGUCGAAACAUGACACUUGCCCCGCUGCCACCACAUCAAGUGUUCGAAGAGCAACUCCAAAUCAAGAAGUCCAGUGCUGAGAGUUCAAAAGAAAGUAAGAGAGAGUUUGAUGAUGUGUUUCCUGAGGAGAUGCCACCGGGAUUGCCACCAAUCCGUGGGAUCGAACAUCAAAUUGAUUUCAUCCCGGGAGCACCCAUUCCAAACCGGCCAGCAUAUCGGUGUAGUCCCGAAGAAGCAAAAGAACUCCAAAAGCAAGUUGAUGAGCUGCUGACCAAGGGCUAUGUUCGAGAGAGCAUGAAUCCAUGCUUUGUGCCCGUGUUGCUUGUUCCAAAGAAAGAUGGCACAUGGAGAAUGUGUGUGGAUUGUCGAGCUGUGAAUAAGAUAACGAGUGGAUACCAUCAAAUUCGCAUGAAAGAAGGAGAUGAGUGGAAAACAGCAUUUAAAACCAAGAGUGGAUUGUAUGAGUGCAAAACUGAGCAUGAUCAUAUGGAUCAUUUGAGGUGUGUUCUUGAGGUGCUGAGGCAUGAGAAGUUGUAUGCUAACCUUAAGAAGUGUGAAAUUUUCUUGGAAAGUGUUGUUUUUCUUGGUUUUGUCGUAAGUUCCAAGGGUGUGGAAGUGGAUGAAGAGAAGGUGAAUGCAAUCCGGGAAUGGCCUACACCCACUACCAUUGCUGAGGUCCGAAGCUUCCAUGGCCUUGCUGGAUUCUAUCGAAGAUUUGUGCGCAAUUUUAGCACCAUAGCUGCUCCUUUGACCGAGAUCAUCAAGAAGGAAGUUGGCUUUAGAUGGGGCAAGGAGCAAGAGAAGGUGCCGUCCUUAUGCAAGAGAAGAGGUCUAUUGCUUACUUCAGUGAUAAGCUCAACGAGGCUGCGUUGA